AGCCCGAUCGCGCUGCGCGCACAAGUGGACUGACUACUGAGCAAGCAACCAAGUUCCAACCAUACAUCGCGCGCGCGCGCGGCCGAAUGCAGUCGACGGCGGCCAUGCGGAGCGGCGGCGGCGGCAAUAAGCGCAGCCUGCUGCUGCUGCUGUCGGCGUGGUGGCUACUCCUCGGCAGCCUCGUCGCCCAGCUCCCGGCGGCCCGCGGCGGCAGCGGCCACGUCGUCACGCGCAUGCCCGGGUUCGACGGGCCCCUCCCGUUCCACCUCGAGACAGGGUACGUGGAGGUGGACGAGCAGCUCGGCGUGCAGCUCUUCUACUACUUCGUGCGGUCGGAGAAGGACGACCCCGGCGAGGACCCGCUGCUGCUGUGGCUGUCCGGCGGCCCUGGCUGCUCCGGCCUCUCCGGCCUCGCCUACGAGAUAGGGCCCUUCCAUUUUGAUGCUCGAGGGUACAGGGGCGGGUUUCCUACCCUUCUCUACCGACCCGAGACGUGGACCAAGGUGAGCAACAUCAUAUUUAUGGAUUCUCCGGUGGGGACUGGGUUCUCGUACGCCACGUCGGAUGAGGGGCUCAAGUCCAGUGACACUCAGGCUGUCAGGCAGCUAGCCAUUUUUCUCAGAAAGUGGCUUGAAGAGCAUCCCGAGUUCCUGCCGAACCCGCUCUACAUCGGUGGAGAUUCAUACGGCGGCAUGAUUGUUCCUGCUCUUGCACUACAAAUACACACAAGUACAGAACUCGGUGAAAACCCAUCCUUCAACCUCAAGGGCUACGUUACUGGCAACCCGGUGACGGAUAGCCAGUUCGACACGGACGGCGUGGUUCCGUUCCUUCACGGCAUGGGACUGAUACCAUACGAGUUUUAUGAGAACGCUCGCGAGAUGUGUGGUGGAAAGUACAGUGAUGCAGCCAGUGUUGCGUGCGCGGAGGUCACCCGAGCUAUAGCCAACAUCACGUCGGCUGUCAACCGGGAACACGUCCUGGAGCCUGCUUGCCCGGACGACGACGACGACGAGCUGUUCGGCCCCAAAACUACCAUGGCGGAGACAGAUGGCGGCACGAGUCGUAGGCUGAUGCUGCAGUCGGCAGACUAUUUCCUGCCAGCUGGGUUCAAAUGUAGAAGAGCUUCGUACGUCCUAUCCCGCGUCUGGGCAAACGACGAAACGGUUCAGGAGAGCCUCGGUGUCCGCAAGGGGACAAUCGGAGCGUGGAAACGAUGCAACCAGGACAUACUUUACAACCAGAACGUCCAAAGUGUAGUGCCGUACCAUUCGAGGCUAGCCGCGAAAGGGUACAGGGCGCUGAUAUACAGCGGCGAUCACGAUCGUAUCGUACCCUUCGUUGGCACACAAGCAUGGAUUAGGUAUCUCAACUUGACCGUUGUAGAUGACUGGCGACCAUGGUAUGUUGGUGGCCAAGUUGCCGGAUUCACAAGGAACUCAGGCAACCUAAUAUAUGCAACUGUGAAGGGCGCUGGGCAUACUGCACCGGAGUACAAGCCCACGGAGUGCCAAACGAUGUUUAGGAAAUGGGUUUCACGGGAUCCUCUCUGAUAUUACGUCGUCUGAGAGAAUUACGUACGUGUCGCUCCUAUGAGUGUAGGCCGGACGUACGUGGUAUGCCCUACUGCAGGCCGGAGAUCAAAAUAAAGGAGAUUUUCCAUUUUCAUGUAGAAAAAAUGAGUGUCCAUGGUGUCUACUUGUUCCCUGUAUUAAAAAUAAAUGCAAUUUUUAUACUGCAUGUAGCCACUCUGUCGGAGAAGAAAUCUCCCCGGCCAGGUGGCGGAUUGCACCCGCCCUAGAUCCUAAAAAGAGGAGGGGUCUAAACGUUUUGUUUGUUA